GGACUGGGUGUGACUCUGAGGAACUGUCCCUGGUCCUGAACGCUUCCUGGCCCCCUCAGCUGUCUGACAGACGCCCCGUGGAGGCAUUUGAACCAUUUUAGGACUCUCACAGCUUCUAGACUCCCUGACAUGCAGAUCUCUGAGGAUUAGGAGCUCUGAUUUCCUCCCUUCACUCAGACUCCAGGUAAUAACUCAUCAGAUCAGAGCUUACUGGAUCAUUACAAGCAGGCUGCAGGUCUCUCCACAGAAUGACAGACGCGGGGUUUGAUUAGAUGUGUGCGUAAGCGUUUUGUCACUGAUCUGCACAGAGCAGAGGGCUGUCUGCUGCCUCCUGGUCUUCAUUGUGGGAGAGCUUUCUCUCAGCGCGUGUUUUCCCUUUGUCACAGCAGCGACCACCUGCGCGUGCAAGCCAGCGAAGGCGGUGGCUGUCCAGACAGCUGCGAGACGGAGCUGAGACAAAAAGAGGAAAAAGCCAAGCUCAGGAAGCGCCUGAUAAAUCCAGGGAAAAAAGAAAAGAAAAAUCACCAUCCCACAGGCAUGUCAACCACCGAGGAAGUGCCUCCUUUCUUCCAGAAGAUCGGCUCCGACAGCCCGUCCAGGCCGAGGCAGAAAUUCUGUGGCGUGUUCUGCCCGGUGGAGGGCUCCUCGGACAGCAAGACUCUGGACUUUGACGCGCUGUCGGUGUGCAGAGGAAGGAGCGGCGGCAGAGUCAUUGACCGGCAGAGCGACAUCUCCCAGCCCAGGAAGGUGGAGAUCCGGGAGAGCUCAGGCAAAGAGGCGCUCCAGAACCUGGACGAUAAGCGGAGUGACCGUCUCCUGGUCAAAGGAGCGAAGAUCGUGAACGAUGAUCAGUCCUUCUGCGCUGACAUCUAUAUGGAGGAUGGGGUCAUUAAACAAAUUGGGGAAAACCUCAUUGUUCCCGGCGGGGUGAAAACCAUCGACGCCCAUGGUGGCAUGCUGAUGCCGGGCGGCAUCGACGUGCACACACGCUUCCAGAUGCCGGACCGGGGAAUGACAUCUGCCGAUGACUUCUACCAGGGCUCUAAGGCGGCGCUGGCAGGAGGAACCACCAUGAUUAUCGACCACGUGGUUCCCGAGCCCGGCGUCAGCCUCAUCUCAGCCUUCGAACAGUGGUGCGAGUGGGCCGACAGCAAGUCCUGCUGCGACUACUCGCUGCACGUCGACAUCACAGAGUGGCACAGAGGGGUCGCCGAAGAGAUGGAGUCACUGGUGAAGGACCACGGUGUGAACUCUUUCCUUGUCUAUUUGGCCUAUAAGGAUGUUUUCCAGCUCUCUGAUGCUCAGGUUUACGAGGUGUUCAGCGUGAUCCGAGAUCUGGGAGCCGUCGCUCAGGUUCACGCUGAGAACGGAGACAUCGUAGCUGAGGAGCAGCGCAGGAUUCUGGAGCAGGGGAUCACGGGGCCUGAAGGCCACGUGUUGAGCCGUCCUGAGGAGGUGGAGGCGGAGGCUGUUAACCGUGCCGUGACUGUGGCCAAUCAGACGAACUGCCCGCUCUACGUCACCAAGGUGAUGAGUAAGAGUGCUGCUGAUGUCAUCGCCCAGGCGAGGAAGAAGGGUACCGUGGUCUACGGAGAGCCCACCACUGCUAGCCUGGGAACAGACGGGUCCCACUACUGGAGCAAGAACUGGGCCAAGGCUGCAGCCUAUGUCACCUCCCCUCCCCUCAGCCCUGACCCGACCACACCGGACUAUCUCAACUCGCUGCUGUCCUGUGGUGACCUGCAGGUGACAGGAAGUGCACACUGUCCCUUUAACACAGCUCAGCGCGCCGUGGGGAAAGACGACUUCACCUUGAUCCCUGAGGGGGUCAACGGCACCGAGGAGAGGAUGUCCAUCAUCUGGGACAAGUCUGUGGUGACGGGUAAGAUGGAUGAAAACCAGUUUGUGGCUGUGACCAGCACCAACGCCGCCAAGAUCUUCAACCUGUACCCCCGCAAGGGGCGCAUCGCCGUGGGGUCCGAUGCAGAUCUGGUGCUGUGGGACCCAGACGUCACCAAGAUCAUCUCCGCCAAGAGCCACAACUCGACUGUGGAGUACAACAUCUUUGAGGGCUUGGAGGUGCGCGGCGGUCCCCUGGUGGUCAUCAGCCAGGGGAAGAUCGUCUUGGAGGAAGGAAACCUCCACGUCACCGAGGGUUCGGGUCGGUUUGUGGCCCGCAAACCUUUCCCUGACUACGUCUACAAGAGGAUAAAAGCUCGCAGCAGGAUGGCUGAGCUAAGGGGCGUGCCCAGGGGUCUGUACGACGGCCCGGUCUGUGAGGUAUCCAUCACUCCUAAAGUCAUGACUCCUGUCUCCUCCGCCAAGACGUCUCCUGCCAAACAACCCAACCAGCCUGUCCGCAACCUGCACCAGUCUGGGUUCAGUCUGUCCGGAGCUCAGGUUGACGACAACGUUCCUCGCAGGAACACCCAGCGCAUCGUGGCGCCUCCGGGCGGCCGGGCCAACAUCACCAGCCUGGGUUAGAGUGUGUCCCCCCUCACCCCCCCACCCCUUAUUGGACACAGAAGAAAAAACGAGAAAAAAGUCUGCCUCAUGAUGGGAAAAAAGAGAAAAAACACUGCUUAGUUGAGCACUUUGACUACAUUAUUUAGAUUUUUUAUACUGUUUUUGCCAUUUGAUUUUUCUUUGCUGAUGUUCUUCAAGGUUCUGGCGAAACUAAUCUUAGUUAAAGUAGUUUAUGGAGGAUAUUGACUGACGAUUGCUUUCAUUUAGUUUGUAGCUGAAAUGGAGAAAAAGGUACAAACUGGCUCCUGAUGUGCUUUUUGUUUUUUAUGUUGAAUAAAUCAGAAGUAAAGUUGCUUUUUAAGAGUUUUGCAGUCGAGUGGAGAAUCUCCAUAGCUGCAAACGUCCUGCUGUUUGUUCUACGUUGCAUUUUAUUCACUUUUUUAAUUGAAUAUUUGAACUCCGAGGGCUGCCUUAAGUGAGUUUUUUAUUUAAAUGUUUAACAGGUGUGAAAGUUGAGGGUCAGUUGGAGGGCAGGUAGGGGUCUUCGGCACACACACACACACACACACACACACACACACACACACACACACACACACACACACACACACACACACACACACACAGUUUUUUUUUGUCUGUUUUACGUCAUAAUUAAGUAGCAGCAUUAACUGUGGAAGUUUGUGAUCGUUCAUGACGGUCAAAGUCUUAAUUUUGUUGCCUUAUUGUCUCAUUUUUUCAUUUCUAGAGCAGGGAAGGUACCAAUCAUAUCCCAGCUGCUCGUUUAACACACUCCUGUUUCACAAAGGUCCACAUUUCUUCAAAUCCAUCCAUUAGCGCACAGAAUGUUAAAAUGACCAUCUCUAUUUGUUAUGUGCCUGAAGCCACAGAAGCUGUACCGAUAGUCUGAAUCUCUUUCUGUUCUUUUGGAGGUGAGUGAAGGAUGUAAGAUAAAAGAUGUAAAAUAGCCAGGAAUAACCGAUUCAAAGGUGCCAGAUGUUUCUGCUUUCAACGAGGCGAUGGAGCCUCCCGUACAGACGGAUAAAAAAAAUUAAUAAGCAGCUUGAUAUCUUGAAAUGUACUUUUAGAGUUUUUAUCCUUGUUGUCAGAUUGCUUUCUAGUGUUAUUCUGUAACUAGGUGCCUAAAGGCUGAGCACUAUUGAUUUCUGCUUGGAAGUAGACCAGAGCUGGUGUAUUCUGUGUGCAGUGUUGAUGUGAGAGGGAUGGAGCCGCAGCUCAACCGCUGUUCAAGAGUCUUCUUAAAUUUACUUCUCAUUAAACAGAUUUGCUGGGUUCCCACUUAUGUUAACUUUAUAUUUUUCCUCAACAAGAUGCAACAGCUUCCUCCUGCAGCCAUACUUUAUCACAGCUAGCUUUAAAUUCACUUCAGCUUCUCUUCGAACACCAAAGUUGCCGUUUUGCUUUUGUGUGCAUCUAAAGUUGGAAUCUUUCACAAAUGUGCACGCAGACGUGAAGCAAAACCAGUAUUUUGGUGCUUCGCGCCCCCCCCCCCCCCCCCCCCCCACACACACACACACACACAAGCUCGCUCUGGGAUAGGGCUGUUAGAAGGGAGAGAGUGGUAUAAUCACUUUAGCAUCAGAUAAUCUCUAAGCUCCCUGAACUGUUUUACAGUUGUAACUGAGGGGGGUGUUAGGGGGUCGGGUUCCACCGUGGCUAACAAUGUUUGGCAGCAACCCCUUCUCUCCCACCCCUUAAUGCUUCUUUCCUUGUUUCUGACUGUUGCCAUGGUGACCAACAUCUCCACUCUAGCAGCAUUUUGCUUUCUUUUCUUUUUUUUUGUUUUUCUUUGUCAUGCCAACGCUUGUUGGAACCCAAGUUGCCACCGGCAACCGCCGCCCAGACUCGGUGCUGUUGUUGCAGAAAUAUUUUGGACAUCUUUUUCUAAUUAUUGUGUCUCUGCAGCAGCAUCCUUGUGGAACAUCAGAACCAAACCUGCGUCCUGUUACUUCCGAGUACACACACACACAUACACACACCGCUCUUGUCAGCUUGAAUGCUUUUUCUACACCAUAAUAUGCUAAUAUUGAUGUAAGAGUGACAUGUAUGUAAACAACUUGCAGACUGGCAGGUUCUUCCUCCUGCUCUGAGGUUGUUGAUGCUGUUGAAACCCCCACCCCCCUUGCCUCUGUAAGCUUUAUCACCCCCCCCCCCUGUGAAAGUGAACCAGUGUGGUGGUGUUUGUCUCGCUGGCUGUGGGGUUUCUGGGAUGCUUGCUUGUUAUGAUAAACCUGUAAGAUUUCAUGGAUGGUGAUGUAAAAAAUUGAAAGAAGCAACAAGGAUUUGAAAUAAUAAAAAAACAAAACAAGAAAAAACUGAAUUAAAUCAGUUUCUUUUGUUUCUGUAUGAUGCAAGAAAGUGAGCUACCUCUGGUGAGUUAGAGGUGGUCCUGCCACAAUAAAACCUCCACAACGAACAAAGA